AAAGAAUUGUUCUUAAUGCUGCUUUGUGGAUCCAAACCACAUCUUUCUAUGGAAGGGGGUGCAUCACCAGAAUGCUGCUUUAUCUGGGGGUUUUAUUUAUUUAUUUGAGUUAAAACCUCUCCACAGCACCACAGGCCGCCUUGAGAGGAGGACACAGGAAAACCAUUGUUUGGCCAUUGCAGGAAAUUCAUUGUCUGGCUCUGUCAAGCCAGGAGUGUCCCCCUCAGUCUUUUCUUCUGAUCCUUUUUCCAGUGGACAAACACCUCUCUGCAGCUGUAGGACACCAACACUGAAGUGCAGUAGCUAAGUAAUCCUCUGAAGAAGAAGAAGAGGAUUAUUUGCAGGCUCAUUCUUCAGUAAAGGAUUUCUCUCUCUUAGUGCUUUAGUGUAGCUGGUGUUCAUGGGCCAUUUGUUCUCCCCCUGAAAUUCCCAGAUCUCAAAUGGGAGCAGCUGCAGAAGGGUGGGGUGAAGUUUUAAUGGUGUUCUUAACCAUCUUCAUCCUUUGUUUUCUAUUCACACAUUUGAAAAAUGCAAAGCAAAAGGCUCCCAUUUCCAAACCAUCAGUUACAAAGCGGUGUUGGGCAGUGUUGGUGUUGAGGGACAGCCCUGAGGCCUCAGCUGUGGCAGGGAUGGGGACAGAGCCUCCUGUCCACACGCUGGGGCUUGCUGGAGACUGGUCCAGGAAAAUAAUAUGUUUUCCUCUGUGCAAACAUAUUUAAGCUUGUACAUCUCUGCAGAGGAAGAGCAGGCUGCUGGUACAGUCCCAGGUGCUGCUGUCUCCACAGGCUAGGUUAGAGUAGCUCAAAUGAAAAGAAAAGCAAAAGCAACUCAAGAAAACAGCUGUGCCAGUGCAAAACUCUGCAGCCUCCAGACCUUACCUGAGGACAGCACCAAGGUGCAGCAGAACCAGCUGCUGAGCUGGGAAGCACCACAGAGAGCCAGGAGCCAACAAAUCAUCUCAACACCUCAAUGAGGCAUUAAGUCUGAUCUAUUGCUCUGUCUGAAACCUCACCAGGGAACACAAGUAUUAGAAAUGGCAGAAAAGGUGAAUAACUUCCCACCGCUCCCCAAGUUCAUCCCUCUGAAACCAUGUUUCUACCAGAAUUUUGCUGAUGAAAUCCCCAUCGAUUACCAGUUCCUGGUGAAGAGAAUCUAUCAUGUGUGGAUCUUUUACUGCAUCACGCUGGCCGUGAACCUCAUCGCCUGCCUGGCCUGGUGGAUCGGGGGAGGCUACGGGGCCAACUUCGGCCUGGCCAUCCUCUGGCUGAUCCUCUUCAGCCCCUGUGGCUACGUCUGCUGGUUCCGACCUGCCUACAAAGCCUUUCGGUCGGACAGUUCCUUUAAUUUCAUGGCCUUUUUCUUCAUCUUUGGGGCGCAGUUCCUCCUCACGGUGCUGCAGGCGAUCGGCAUCUCUGGAUGGGGAGCGUGUGGAUGGUUGGCAGCCGUCACCUUCUUCAGGACCAGCGUGGCAGCUGCUGUGUUCAUGCUGUUCCCUGCCGUCAUGUUCACGAUGUCAGCAGUUGCAAUGCUCAUCUGCAUUAUAAGGGUACAUAAAAUUUACCGAGGGGCUGGUGGAAGCUUCCAGAAGGCUCAAGAUGAGUGGAACAGCGGCGCAUGGAGGAACCCUCCCAGCAGGGAGGCCCAGUACAGCAAUUUUUCUGGGAACAGCCUGCCAGAGUAUCCCACAGUGCCCAACUACCCCUCUGCAAACCAAUGGCCUUAAGCAGCAACAGCUGCAAACUGCCUGGAGUCUCUCCUUUUUGGUCUUUUUAUUCUUGUUCUUGGAAAAGAUCAUUUGCAUUCCCUCCCAAGCACCCCACUCAUCUCGAGGACCUUUCUGGUUCUUGUCUCCUGAUCCCUGAGGAAUAUCCAUGCUCUCAGCCCUUCCCACCUCCACUGCACUGCACGGCCAUGGCAGAAAGCUUUUUGUUUGCCUUGAGUCACCAGUAUUUGCCUCGUUGCAGACUAAGAACAAACCCUUCGCUGCCCUUGCUUGAGGGAAUCCUCUCCUGACCAUCCCUGGAAAAGGCUCAGCUUCCCCACGAUGGCAGCACUCCCACAGCUGCUCCUGCCCCUGCUCCUGCUCAGCUUCCAUGGAAUGCCCAGCACAGCAUCACGCCAUCUGUAGCAAAAGCAAUCAGAGCAUUAGUAGCGACUGGUGUUUACUCUCCUGGAUGAAUAAUGUGGAAUUUUUCACUCUAAGGGAAAUGUAGCACUUAAAUUAUUUGGUACUAGUGACACUGAAGUGAUUUGUGAAAGCUCCACCCUCCGUGGGAGGAUCCCUGCAGGUAACAGAGGUGCCCUGGGUGAGUCCUCGGAUGGGAAGUCCCCACAAUCCUCCUUUGCCUGCUCAGACUGUUGUGAUGCUACAGCUCUUGCUUUCCCUUUUUGCUGCCAAAACCUCUUGCUGGAUCUGUGUGUUCCAAAGGUACGGAUUCAUCUCCUUAGGUUCAUGAUUUCUCUGUAAAGCCUGAAUCAAAACCCAGUGGAAACCAGUGCAGAGCUGACACUGGGCCUUGGUGAUGUUCACCCUGGUACAGGGACUCAGCACGAGAUUUCCCCACCAUGUAACUUCCAGCCAGGUUUUGUGCUGGAUGCAAGAUAAUGAUUGAUCUCAGUGCUGGAGCCCCAGUGUGGUUUGGAAAUGCUUCUGUUACAAUGAAUAGUUUAAUUCUGCCUUCUGGUGUAGCUGACCUCCAGAUGUUACAGUGGGGUCUGGGAGAUCAAGGGAAGUUUGUUGGUCCUCAUGGCUGCUGUUGGCUCUGUAGUUGGCAGGACUUCCAUGAGAGAGAGAUUCCUGCCUUUCUCCAACGAUCAGCUGAAGGGAGGAUGAAGCUAUUGGGAGGGAUUGUUUUCCCUGAGAUUAUCCUCCACCUUGUCAUUCAUCUCCAUUCUGUGCCUGAGCCAUCCAAUUCCCUGUGUCCUACAGUGAUCCAGGCAGCAAAGGCUGCGGUUUCCUCUUCCCCCUCAGCCUGCUGUGAAUUUUUUAAAACCUGUCCAAACUGGGAGGUCAGUUCCCAAUUUUUUUAUAGGGAGUGAGUGUUUCAAGUCUUUGGCUCUCAAAGUUUUGGCCAAUGAUCCAGAGUGCUCCAUUUGGGAGACCUAGGAGGGGUUGGGCACCCUGGGGAUCAGACCCAGAGCCUGCUGCCUUGGCAGGCUGUUGAUGGGGUUAUUCCAAAUUCCUAAAUUCACACUGAGCAACUGGAAAACACAACUGGCUCCUGGAAAGGGACAGGGACAUGGUCCUAGCUAGGUGGAAUUGAUUUGCAAGUGGUCUUUUGAAAUUUUUUCUCUACAUGUGCCUUAUCUAAUGAAAUCACAGUACACAGAGGAGAGCUCCCGCUUCCCCCUCACCCCUGCAGAAUUCCGUUUCCCUGUUAACUCAUCCUGUGUCACGCUGUAAAUAAUGAGGGAAGCACAGUCUGGAAUCUGCAAGACCCCUGUGUUACCAGGGCCAAAGCAAAAGCAACCCCAGAUUUCCCCAAAUUUCCGUUUACAGCCACACUGACCCCUGCUGCAGGAGCAGCCCUCCACUAGCUCUGGGAUGUGGAAUGUGCUCCCAGCACCAGGGGUUUUUCCUGGAGAGUGUGCAAUGUGCUUGGGAGGACGAGCUCUUGGAGCCUUCUUAUAACAGAACAUGACCUGAUGGCAUUGUGAAGCUUUUAGGUGCCUUUGUCUAGUGUCAAAUGUAAUUUUAAAUGUUCUUUGUCGCUUGCCAUCGGAGUGAUGAAAGAACUGCCUGGCGUUGACUCCCUGGAAAUACGAUGGAUGCACCACGGGGUGAGGGCUGAAGGUGGGAUUGGCCACUCCUGGGAGCCAGGACAUGGUGCACCUGUGUCCCUCAGUCCUGCCCCUUGCCAUCCUCUUGCCAAAAUUCUUCAAAACCAUUUGAUACCUGCCCCAUUUCAGUGUGUCAAGUUGGAGGUUUUGAAGGAACCAAGAGGAGAAGCGUUGCUGGGGGCUCCACAUCCUACUUCUCUUUGGGAUUUUCCCCUUGGAGAAUCUGGGGGCUGUGUUGAAGCACCCACCCUCAGUCACACUGGAAAUGUUUGAUGCAAGGAGAGGGGGUGCCUGGGAGCCUGCCCACCGGAAUGGUUGGAGCUGGACACCGAAAUCACACCCUGUUAGCCUGCACUGCCUGAGAUCCCUGUGGAGAUCAAUGCACCUCCAGGUGGGAGCUCCAUCCCAUCCCCUCCCUCCUCUUCAAUGCCAGAAACCGUAAUUCCAGAAAGUCCAACACGCUGCCUGAACAAAUGGCUUAAUUUUUUUCUUUUUUUUUUUGGACUCCUCUAUAUGUUUUUAAAUGUUUACAUUAGAUUUCUAAAAGUUCUUAACACCAUUAACCCGGCCCUGGCUCCUGGUGUGGUUGGGCGUCACGUGGCGUGUCUGUGUGUGAUGUUUCGUGUCACCUGUGGAGCUCUGGGUUUUGUUUGUGUUUUUCUCCUGAUCACAAGACAAUAAAUGCUCAUCCUGUGCUUGAUGAGGAGAA